CCGAAUUUAACAUUUUUGGCAACAAUCUUUUGAUCAGAGUGCAUUGAUUCCGUUCUAAACAUGCCGGUGGUGGAUCUAAAAGUGGAUCGGAGCCUGAUCUGCCGCAACUUCGAUGGCUACAAGCUCUCGUUCGACCCGGUGCCGGUUAUCCAGCAGGAGCUGGUCUCAACGCCACCGCUCAAGAUGGUGCCGAACGGCGAUCAGUACUCACUGCUGCACGCAGAGGCCUUCGGCAGGCACAACAUACUCUGUCCCGAUCCCUGGCUGCGCGAGAACUGCUACUACAUAAAUAAGAGCCGGCAGGUUGUCCUGUGCUCCUACGAUGCCCAGGAAGGGCGUCCGCGCCAGCAGCGCGUGGUCCACACCGUAGAGGAGCAGGAUCGUGGCGAUGGCUACCGGCAGUCGGUCGGCGCCUACAAUUACACGCUGCGCUUCGUCUCUGAAAAGUACUGCGUGCUCUGCGAUGGCAUCUCCACGUACUAUCUCCUCGACACCGGCGAUCGUUCGCGUGCCAGCUCCACAGCCGUUUGGAAGCUGCUCACCAGUACGCAGAUUAAUCCGGAGAGCUGCAAUCGCGGCUUUGUGCUGUACGAUGCUCGCCUGGACGUUGUCCAGGAGCGCAAACAAAUUUCACUGAUGGCCGGCCACGUGGGACGUCGGGUGUCGACACGUUCUGAUCGUGCCGACACCUUCUACAUAGACCUGACUUGGGGCUGCUGGACACAGGCGCUCACACCGAGCGACGCGUGGUCAUACAGUGUGCGCGAGGAGCUGGAUACGACUGGAUCCAUCUACUAUUGUGCCUUUGAGCCGCGUGCCGAGUCCGUGGUCUUCUCCAUAAUUCGCGAGCUGCUGACAAAAACUCAACGGGAAGCCGCACUAUCCGCUGCAGAGCAGCCCCAAAAUGUCGUAGAUGUGGCAGUGGCGGCUGCCCCACCAUACACCUGGACGCAGACAUUCGAGGAUGUGCUGAUCCGCUUUCGUCUGCCUUCGGGGCUGACCCGUAACGACUUCGACAUUCGCAGCACCAACAGCCAACUGGAGGUCGAGUGCCUGGGGGAGAUUCUCUUGACUGGAGCACUCUAUGCCAGCGUGGACAGUGAAUUGACCACCUGGACGGUUAAGGCUGAGUGCCUGGAGCUGACGCUGUUCAAGGAGCAGCAGCAGAGCUGGCCACAUCUGCUCUCAGACGUGCAGGCCGCACCACCAGAGGGCGAUGUGGAUGCGUUCCCAUUGCCGGAGCGCGCGCUGCCGAUACUUAAUCUGGAGGAUCCCAUCGAGGAGUGUGACUUGGGGCUUCCCGAUGAAGACGUUAAGAUGGUGCGCUUCAAUUUGGAAGCCAUGGACAUAACCCACACAGUUUUCUUGGGACCGACGCCUCCACUCUUUACAACGUCACUGCGUGCCGGUUUUCCGGCCGCCUUUGCCACAAGGCACGGCGUAGAUGCCUCGUUGUGGCUGCCGGUGUUCCAGCCGACCAAGCCGGGCGAGUGGACGGUGCGCCAUGAGGGAAAUCUGCACGCCUUCGGGUAUGUGCAGGCUUCCAAGGAGAUGCGAAAGUUUACGGACUGUUGCCCCGACCUGGACUAUGCUGUGAUCUGCGAGGGCGUACGAUACGUGCUUAUCUACAAAUCGCGCUACGACUCCGCAGGAGGGCUGCGCAACCGAAACGGGCCACAGGUGGUUAUUGGGAAACAUCAUAUGGUCUCCAUCAGCGACGAGAUGGGGGAAAUACUGGGCCUCUCCACAGCCAGAAAUGUGAUUACCAUUCUCACUGCGAAGGCAGUCCUGUACUUGCAGGUUUAGACUUUUAAAAUACUUUCUGGCCAUGUAUACUUCAUUGAAAUUUGUUUGUUUCAAAUGGAUUUAUUGG